AUGGGUAAUAAAAAGAAACUCAUCUACUCUCAGGAUACACCGGGACCGAGUUCCAACAAGAAAGCGGGGGAUUUGGACCGCUAUUUCAGGGACAAGUUGAGAACGCUCAUGGAGGCAGAUACUGAGGUGCCGCCAUCUUUCCCACGUGGCACUCCUCCGGCGAGCCCUGCAAGCUCCGAAAGCAUAUACCGAGCUGGGAACGCGAUGUUGCAGGAGAUUCUGCAGAACUUACUCUCGAAAGAAGAUCUAGCCUCUAUGCUGGCAAAACUAGAGGCCUCUAUGCAAGAAAAACUCUCAUCCAUUACCAUGGAAGUCCGCCAGAUAGGGCUGCGAAUGGGAGACCUGGAGGAGGACAGGGACAACAUACAACUCAGGCUGCACAACAUAGAGCAAAGACAAGAAGCUCAAGA